GGAAGCUCAUUUCCGUUCGCACAUUGAAACUUGAAUUCAUCACUACCACCACCACCCACACUACACUUUUAUUUGAAACAUGUCUGGACGCGGAAAAGGUGGCAAAGGUCUCGGAAAGGGUGGUGCUAAGCGUCAUCGUAAAAUUCUUCGUGAUAACAUUCAGGGUAUAACAAAGCCCGCUAUUCGUCGUCUUGCCCGUCGUGGUGGUGUGAAGCGUAUAUCUGGUCUUAUCUACGAGGAGACCCGUGGUGUAUUGAAGAUUUUCCUUGAAAAUGUCAUCCGGGAUUCUGUAACAUAUACUGAACAUGCCAAGCGGAAGACGGUGACUGCUCUUGAUGUUGUAUAUGCACUAAAACGGUCAGGGCGUACGCUAUACGGUUUCGGUGCAUAGGUUUCGGACUAUUUUCCUUGUUUCAUGUAUCGGUGUACUUUACUGUAAUGUUAUUUUUUCCCCUGGCAUCACUU